UGGUGGUCUUCCUUUCUUCGAGCUCCCCACACCUCCUCCAGACCCACCUCUCUCUCUCUCUCUCUCUCUCUCUUUCUUUCUCCCACCCACCCCCCUUCCCCGCCGCGCUCUCAAUGCUGGCGGAAGAUUUUUGCCUUGAAACAUGAAGGUCCUUAGCUGGGUGCAUCUGCUCCUUAGCCAGUGGCUCUUGCAAAAGGUUGCGUGUGUGAAAGGCCAUGUGACCAAGACCCUGAACUACCUGGAGAUGAGUCCCUCAAGUGUCUUGAAGGGCACUGCUUUGAAACCUCACCCGCUCAACCCUGCUCGAAUAUUUUCCAGUGAGCCAUCCAAAGCCAAGCUGGACCCAUACAGUGGUGCCCUGAGUCCCUGGGACUGGACCAAGAACCAGACGGCCAUGGAGCACUUCAACCAGCGAGCUAAGAGGAAGCCCUCCAUGAAGGCGGGCCGAACCAAGAAGAUCUUCGGCUGGGGUGACUUCUAUUUCAACAUCAAGACCCUGAAGUUCAGCCUGCUGGUGACAGGCAAGAUCGUGGAUCAUAUAAAUGGCACCUUCAGCGUCUACUUUCGUCACAACUCCUCCAGCCUGGGCAAUGUCUCUGUGAGCAUUGUGCCACCCACCAAGGUAGUUGAGUUUGAUGUACUGGUUCCCCCUAUCCAAGCCCAGCACCUUCACCCUCAGCAGUCCACUUUAGCUGAGCACAAGGAACCCAAGACCUUCAACUGUCACGUGGAAUAUGAGAAGACCAACCGGGCACGCAAGAACAAGCCUUGCCUCUAUGACCCUUCUAAGAUCUGCUUCACCGAGCACACGCAGAGCCACGCCGCUUGGCUGUGUGCCAAGCCCUUCAAGGUCAUCUGCAUCUUCAUCUCCUUCUUCAGCAUCGACUACAAGCUGGUCCAGAAGGUCUGUCCAGAUUACAACUUCCAGAACGAGAACCCCUACUUUGGCUGAUGAGGGGGGAAGACUUUGGGAGGGGGGACAGUGCAGAGGGGUGUUAAGUAAGUUGCACUCUUUUUAUCAGGACAGGAAUUGGAAGAACUUUGGCUGGCACUGAAAGAAACAGGAGAGGCCCCCCCCCCCCGCCACCCUGAUGCUUAGUGAGAGAAGGAUGGCCGGUUCUGAACAGGAACUGGAUUCUGCUCCAUCUCAUAAGGCAUUCCCUUCCCAGUGGCCACUAAACUUCCCAGGACUUUAGGAAAAUAGAAACUGGCCAAAAGGACACUGUUGCUUUUGCUCCCCACUGUACCCCCUUUCCGAUGCUGUUUGGGUCAUCUCAAGGGAAUUCCCAGCAAUAUGAAGAAAUGGCUUGCUGUGGCUUUCAUCUCUUUUGUGCAUAAAUGGACCCUGCUGCUUCUGUGGGGCUGUCACACUGACUUAUAUGAGAAUGUCUUUCAGGAUCAUGCCUCCCAUCUGGAAUAUAAGGUUCUGGUAGCAGCCAAAGGUCCCUCUGUGCAUCUCUCUGUUUCUCUUCUCCUUGGACUGAGCCACAAAUUGUCAGCUGAGUUGCUACUGAAGCUAUUCAUUGACCUACCUGGGAUUGUGGAAAAAGCAUAUUAACCCACAGUGCCAACUCACCUCUUGCCAGAUGCUCUACAAUGGAAAGGACCAACAGAGGGCAGAAAUUGCCAAACUCGGGAGCUUCUCUGUUCAUAUAAUACAGGAAUGUAAUGUGCAAUGGAUCAAUCAUGUUAAAUUGGGAGGGAGAGUGAGAAUGUGUGUCAGCUGGAGUUAAGCUGAAUGUAAACAGGGAGAUUGGGGUUCGGUGGGUGAGAUCAUGUCAGAACACGGGGUUUGCAUGAGAAACUGAAAGAUUGGGAGGUGCAUAAGAACACAUGGAUGCAACCGGGACUGUAACAUUUCAGUGUGCGCACGUGCACGUCUGUGUGUGUGUGUAAGUGGAACUUUAUGUUCAUAGCAGAAGCCUGAGUUGAGUGUUAGUAGAAAUUCAAAUGAAAUUCUAUUAAGGACUGUGAGAUUCAACUGAAACAAAUAUGUGUGCAUAACUUAGGAAAGUGUGUGUGUGAGAGAGAGAGUGUGUGUGUAUACACAGCAUGACAGCGAAUAAGAAUGUGUGCUAUCUUAGGUGUGCUCUUUUGGCCUUAAUGGCAUAUGUAUUUGCAAGUACAUUUAUUUAAGUCUGUAUAACUAGGAAUGCAUAUAUGCCACCAUGACAGUAAUGAAGUGUGUGUGUUUUAAUUAGGGCUGCAAGCAUUCAUUGAUUUAUUCUGCAGAUUGAUCAACUAGAGCUUUAAUCUCAGAUUAAAAUUUGUCCCCUUUGAUUGAGUGGCAGGGCUAAGACUGAGCGGCACACUGUUGUGCAGUCCUUGCAGGUGUAGCAGUUUCCUCUUUUCUGCGGAUGGGUUUGCUUUCCAGCUGACACCCAGAGUUUGCAGAUCUUUUUUCAUUUCAGGGUGAAAACCCACUGGGGUUUUCCUGCCAGCUAUAUGAAGCACAAAGCAACUAAGGCUGACAGUGCUCAUUUGAAAAUCACAUCAGUUUCUCUUUUAACUCUGGAUCUUCCGCAGCACUUACAGGAUUUUGAAGUUGUUCCUUUUUGAAGACAUUUUGGUUCUGAUGACUUUACUGUAACAGGGAAUGCUCUGCACAAGAAAGAAAAAUGUAAAGGAUGAUCAAUCCUUCUUAAUAGUGGUGAGCGGUAGCUUUUGUUGAUUAAAUUUUAAGCUAUCUCACAUUUAA